AUGGAUUACUCAUUAUUUUACGAAGACUGGACUCUUGCCAUCGCAGCAAGAGCUCAACUAGAGCUUGUUCGACCUUUCCGUGUAGUAUUAGGAUUCGCCAACUCACUUCUUACUGGAGAUCUAUUCUACUAUCCGGCAAAGGGAAUCCAAUUGUUUAUUGAGGAUUGGCAAAAUAUUCUUCCCCUAUAUAUAUCUUUAACGUUCCCCUUGGUUUUGGUUCAGUCCGUCUUGAGAGCCUUAUGCUUUGUCCUUUUACUACCCGCCAAUAUUCUUGUUCUGACCAUUACCUGUGGUCCUUUAGGAUUAUCUAUUGCUCUUGCAAUCACCAACGAGGAGUCAAUAUCAUUAGCAGAUCUGCUGACCUCUUGUUUUCUUCCAGAUUCAGAGAUCAAACAGGCAAAGUACAACGCUUUGUUCGAUCACAUUCUCUGUCUAACAGGAAACGAACAGAUAGUCUUCCCUGGAAAAUUACAGAGAGUUGUUAAUAAUUCACCUACAGCUGAGUUGUUUAAUGUUUCCAAGUAUAUCCAGUUUUGGUACAAUCUGAUUACCUGGAAUAGCACAAAACUACUACCAGUCGUAGGUGCUCCUUUGUUGGCUUACAAAGUAUUUGUUGAGAAUGUUAAUAAGAGAAUGUCUAGACUCUUCAGACUCCAGAGAUUAAGAAAACGUCAAGUGGGCUAUUACCAUCUCAAAGAAAGGGAGGGAGAAUUACUAGCUUUGGGAGUAAGCAUGGGGAUCUUAGAAUCCAUUCCCUUCAUUGGACAAUCGUUCUUUUCAUUCACAAACACAAUCGGAUUGGCUUAUAUGUGUGGAAAAAGAUUAAAUACAAAUCUGAAUGUCUUGGUUAUUCCUAAGUCGGUAGAAAAAAAAUGA